UCCUGAUAAAUUAGAGGUUAGAACAUAUAUUCAAAGUGAUAUAGCAAAACAAUAAUAAUUUUAUAUCUACUUGAAAAUUACGAAGAAAUGAAUCGUAAUAAUAAUAAUACCCUCAGCACUCAAUUAUAUCGUUCUAUCAAGUUUUCCAGUACUAUCUUUGUGAAACAGCUACUUGAUAGUACAUCCAUUCAAGUCAAUGAUACGUUUGAUGAAUCAAAUGGUACAGAGUACGAAAGAGAAGAUAUUGGAAAGACUCCCUUACAAUAUGCUGUUGAAAAAUAUCAAACAGAAAUAUUAGAAUUACUCUUAAAAAAUGGGGCUGACGUAAAUACUAAACUGAAUUCAAAAAUGUCGCUAAUUCAGUAUGCAUGUCAAGAAAGUAAUCAAAAGGUUGUAAAAAUACUUAUAGACUAUGGUGCUGAUGUUAACUAUGUUGAUCCAUCACUGAAAGAACGUUAUACAUGUUUACACUAUGCUGUUGAGAGCCAAGGCGAAUGCACAGUUGAACUACUUGUAAAUGAAGGAAGUUUCAUUAAUGCUACUGCCGAAAAUAAUAUAACACCACUUCAUAUAGCUGCAAAAAAAAAACAUAACGAUUCUUUUUUUUUUGAUAAGAACAACAUAUUGAAAAUUCUCCUUGAAAAUGGAGCAGACGUAAAUGCACAAACUAACGAUAAGAAGACAGCUCUUUAUUUUGCUGCACAAGAGGGACACUUGAGUGCUGUCCAAACAAUUUUGGAGCAUAAUCCAGACAAAAAUAUUGAAGGCAAUUUAUCUUCUCUUGGUGUUGCAAUUUCUUGUAAUCAUACUGAUGGAAUAAAAGCAUCUUAUUUUACGUCACAAGCAAAACACAUGAAUAUCUUACGUAAUGAUGGACUUUCUAAACCUGUUAGCAAUAUUAAAAAAAACAUAAAUUAUCGUUAUGCUGAAAUUUCUUGCUAUCAUUCAACAAUUGUUAAUCAUCUUAUUGAUUAUGGAUUAACAUUAGAACCUCAACAUGAAUAUUAUAAAAUGUUUAUUUUUGCUGCUGCAUCGAUUGGACAUCUCAAAAUAAUCGAAAAUUUUCUAACAUCUGAAAGCUGUGAUGUUAAUUUAUCAGUAGAUCCUUCAUCUGAAAAUUCUACUAGAAUUUUGCACACAUCAAUUAUUAAUAAUCAUACUGAUAUAUCACUAUUGCUUAUUGAAAAUGGUGCUGAUGUUCAUGUUAAAGAUGAAAAUAAUAAAAGUCCUGUAUAUUAUGCAGUUACAAAUAAUAAUACAGAAGUUACAAAAAAACUUGUAGCUCAUCAUGCUGAGGUUCAACCUGUUCUUCUUCAUUGUGCUGUUCGCAAUGAUAAUUUAGAAAUGAUCAAAAUUCUUGUAAAAUGUAAAGUUGAUAUCAAUACAAUUUUGGAAGUUUCAUAUUUUUUGCCUGAAGAUAGAAAAUUAACACCACUAUUAAUUGCUACAAAAAAAAAGAACGUUUCUGUAAUUCAAUAUCUUGUAGAACACGGUGCAAACAUAAACUUUGUUGAUAUACCUGAUGGAUAUCCAGCACUCUACUAUGCUGUGGAGAAUAAAAACGAAAAAAUAGUAAAUAUGCUUAUAAAUAGAGGUGCCAAUAUAAAUCUUAGAUAUGGUGAAGAUAAUAGAACUGUCCUUUGUUCAGCAGUUCAGACCAUUGGAGAUAUUGAAAUGAUUAAAUUACUAUUGGAAAAAGGUGCUGAUGUAAAUUGCCAAAACAAAUCUGGAUCAACACCACUUAACUAUAUCAUCGGUCAAAAAAACUUUAACUCUCAAAUUCGUUCCGAAAUAAUUGAGCUAUUAUUGCAAUAUAAUGCUGAUAUAAAUUGCAAAAGUAAAUUUGGGAUGACACCUCUUCAUUAUGCAACAUAUGUUACAGAAUAUGACAAAAAAGGUGAUAUCCGAAUUAUUGAGUCAUUAUUGAAAUUUGGGGCAGAUAUUGACUCUACUGAUGAAUCUUGUAGAACAGCACUCUAUUAUGCUAUAUAUAAAAAAAAUGAAAAAAGUUUUCGUACUCUUCUUGACAAUGGUGCAGACAUUAAUAUCAUGCUGGGCCAUGACGGAAUAGGGAAUAAGUAUGAAAGUCUAUAUAAAAUUGCUACAAUUUUUUAUGAGAGACAGAAGUAUCAAUCCACAAAUUCAUCUAGUCCUACAUUUGAUUCUGAUUAUCAUGAUUAUGAUGAGGAUUCUGAUUUUUCCGGUUUUUCCGAUGAUGACGACGCUUGGAGACCUGAAUGGAAAAUUAUUGAGAUGCUUAAAGAGCAUAUUAUUCAAUUAAACCAAGCGAAAUGCUGGAUCAAUGAGGGAAAUUUACAAGCUAUUAAUAGCAGCGAAGAUUCCUCAACAUCAAGUCACAUGUUAGACUUAUGUAAGAAAGAAAUCAGUAAUAUGAAAAUUGAAAAAAUUGGUAAAAGUUGUGUCACUUUUCAUGACGUCUUGAUGAAUAAUUUUGAUAAAUUUGGAAGAAACAAAAAUGUCAUGGAAAUUUUAGAGCUGGAAGAAUACAAAAAAAAAUAUCCUAUCUAUGGAAAAAUAAUAACUGGUAAUUACAGAAGGGCAAAAUUCAGAAUACCUCUACAAAAAGAAUUUAUUAAUUUAUUUUGUUGUCAAUGGGAUAGAUUUAAAGAGUUGCCAUAUAUUUGUGUUGAAAAAAUAUGCACUUAUUUGAGUCUACAAGAUAUGAGAGAGCUAAUAAACCCUGUUAAAAAGUCAUUAUAUCUACUUGAAAAUUACGAAGAAAUGAAUCGUAAUAAUAAUUAUACCCUCAGCACUCAAUUAUAUCGUGCUAUUAGGAUUUCCUGUAUUGACUCUGUAAAACAGCUACUUAAUCGUACAUCCAUUCAAGUCAAUGAUACGUUUGAUGAAUCAAAUGGUACAGAAUACGAAAGAGAAGAUAUUGGAAAGACUCCCUUACAAUAUGCUGUUGAAAAAUAUCGAACAGAAAUAUUAGAAUUACUCUUGAAAAAUGGGGCUGACGUAAAUACUAAAGUGAAUUCAAAAAUGUCGCUAAUUCAAUAUGCAUGUCAAGGAAGUAAUCAAAAGGUUGUAAAAAUACUUAUAGACUAUGGUGCUGAUGUUAACUAUGUUGAUCCAUCACUGGAAGAACGUUAUACAUGUUUACACUAUGCUGUUAGAAGCCAACAUGAAAGCACAGUUCAACUACUUGUAAAUGAAGGAAGUUGCAUUAAUGCUACUGCCGAAAAUAACAUAACACCACUUCAUAUAGCUGCAAAAAAAAAACAUAACGAUUCAUUUUAUUUUGAUAAGAAUAACAUAUUGAAAAUUCUCCUUGAAAAUGGAGCAGACGUAAAUGCACAAACUAACGAUAAGAAGACAGCUCUUUAUUUUGCUGCACAAGAGGGACACUUAGAUAGUGUCCAAACAAUUUUAAAGCAUAAUCCAGACAAAAAUAUUGAAGGCAAUUUAUCUUCUCUUGGUGUUGCAAUUUCUUGUGAUCAUUCUGACGGAAUGAAAGCAUCUUAUUUUACAUCACAAGCAAAACACAUGGAUAUUUUAAAUCAUUAUAGACUUUCUAAACCUGUUAGCAAUAUUAAAGGCGACAUAAAUUAUCGCUAUUCUAGAAAUGCUUGCAAUCAUUCAACGAUUGUUAAUCUUCUUAUUGAUUAUGGAUUAACAUUAGAACCUCAACAUGAAUAUUAUAAAAUGUUUAUUUUUGCUGCUGCAUCGAUUGGACAUCUCAGAAUAAUCGAAAAUUUUUUAACAUCUAACAGCUGUGAUGUUAAUUUAUUAGUAAAUCCUUCAUCGAAAAAUCCCACUAGAAUUUUGCACUUAUCAACUAUCAAUAAUCAUACUGAUAUAUCACUAUUGCUUAUUGAAAAUGGUGCUGAUGUUAAUGUUAGAGAUGGAAAUGGUAAAAGUCCUGUACAUUAUGCAGUUACAAAUAAUAAUACAGAAGUUACAAAAAAACUUUUAGCUUGUCAUGCUGAGGUUCAACCUAUUUUUCUUCAUUGUGCUAUUCGCAAUGAUAAUCUAGAAAUUGUUAAAGUUCUUGUAGAACGUGGAAUUGAUGUCAAUACAAUUUUUGAAAUUUCAUAUUUUUUUCCUGAUGAUAGAAAAUUAACACCACUUUUCAUUGCUCUUGAAAAAAAUAAUGACUCUGUAAUCCAAUAUCUUGUAGAACACGGUGCAAACGUAAAUUUUAUUGAUUCACCUGAUGGAUGUCCACCACUUCACUAUGCUGUGACAAAUAAAAACAAAAAUAUCGUAAAUAUACUUUUAAAUAAAGGUGCUAAUGUAAAUCUUAAAUAUGGUAAAAAAAAAACAACUGUGCUCUGUUUAGCAGUUCAGACCAUAGGAGAUAUUGAAAUAAUUAAAUUACUAUUAGAAAAAGGUGCUGAUGUAAAUUGCCAAGACAAAUCUGGAUCAACACCAUUUUAUUAUAGCAUUGGUCAACAAGAAUUUAACUCUCAAAUAACUUACGAAAUAAUCAAACUGUUAUUGAAAUAUAAUGCUGAUAUAAAUUACAAAAGUAGAUUUGGGGUGACACCUCUUCAUUAUGCAACUAUCAAUACAGAAUAUGAUAAAGAGGAUGAUACUCGAAUCAUUGAGCUAUUAUUGAAAUUUGGGGCAGAUAUUAAUGCUACUGAUGAAUUUUGUAGAACAGCACUUUGCUAUGCUAUAUAUAAACGAAAAACAAAAAGUUUUCGUACUCUUCUUGACAAUGGUGCAGACAUUAAUAUCAUGAUAAAGCUCAAUGAAAAAGAGAAUAAGCAUGAAAGUCUAUAUGAGAUCGCUACAAGUGUUAGGAAGAAACAGAUGAAUAGUUUAAAAGAUACCAGUUUUUUUGAAAGACAGAGAAGUAGAUUUAGGUCUACACUUGAUUUUGAUUAUUUUGAUCAGGAUUUUGAUGAUAGAUCCGAUGAUUACGGGUUUGGGGGGAUGGACAAGAAGAUUAUUGAGAUGCUUAAAGAGCAUAUUAUUCAAUUAAAUCAAGCGAAAUGCUGGAUCAAUGAGGGAAAUUUAAAAGCUAUUAAUAGCAGCAACGGUUCCACAACAUCAAGUCACAUGUUAGACUUAUGUAAUAAAGAAAUCAGCAAUAUGAAAAUUGAAAAAAUUGGUAAUAGUUGUGUCACUUUGCAUGACGUCUUGAUAAAUGAUUUUGAUAAAUUUGGAAGAAACAAACAUGUCAUGGAAAUUUUAGAGCUGGAAGAAUACAAAAAAAAAUAUCCUAUCUAUGGAAAAAUAAUAACUGGGCAUUACAUAAGGGCAAAAUUCAGAAUACCUUUACAAAACGAAUUUAUUAAUUCAUUUUGUUGUCAAUGUUAUGGAUUUAAUCAGUUGCCAUAUAUUUGUGUUGAAAAAAUAUGCACUUAUUUGAGUCUACAAGAUAUGAAAGAGCUAAUAAACUAUGUUAAUAAAUUAUGUUAAUUUUCUUUAUAAAAUUUGAUAAAGAUUUUAAUAACACAUGGUUUAUUAAUAAUAUAAAU